CAUUCAUGAAACUGUCUAAUGAAACUUCAGUCUUACUUUAAAGUGUUACUAAACCCCGGACCCUGCCUCAACUAUAUCUGGUCUCCCCGGACCCUGCCUCCACUAUAUCUGGUCUCCCCGGACCCUGCCUCCACUAUAUCUGGUCUCCCCGGACCCUGCCUCCACUAUAUCUGGUCUCCCCGGACCCUGCCUCCACUAUAUCUGGUCUCCCCGGACCCUGCCUCCACUAUAUCUGGUCUCCCCGGACCCUGCCUCCACUAUAUCUGGUCUCCCCGGACCCUGCCUCCACUAUAUCUGGUCUCCCCGGACCCUGCCUCCACUAUAUCUGGUCUCCCCGGACCCUGCAUUCACUAUAUCUGGUCUCCCCGGACCCUGCCUCCACUAUAUCUGGUCUCCCCGGACCCUGCCUCCACUAUAUCUGGUCUCCCCGGACCCUGCCUCCACUAUAUCUGGUCUCCCCGGACCCUGCCUCCACUAUAUCUGGUGUCCCACAGACCCUACAAUCACUAU